AGACAGUAGUUGAGCCAGCGGCGGCGCGCGGAGCGGUGGUGGGGGUCGAGGACGGUCCUGACUUCGUGAGUUAGUGCAGCGCGCGUCGGAGGGCGACCCACGGAGCCAGGAGUGGGGCCGAGGCGCUGGGACGCGCGACGGUGGCGCGGCUGCCGGCUGGAUGGGAAGUUAAUGUUUACGGCAGAGUCCACCCAACGUCUCCAAGGUGGCGUCAGACAAGGUUGCAGAAAAGCUGAGUUCUACUCUCACAUGGGUGAAGAACACAGUAUCGCACACAGUCAGUCAGAUGGCCAGUCAGGUGGCAAGUCCAUCUGCUUCAUUACAUACUACAUCCUCAUCUACCACACUAUCAACGCCAGCCCUUUCCCCAUCUUCUCCAUCACAGUUGAGUCCAGACGACUUAGAACUCCUGGCUAAACUGGAGGAACAAAAUAGAUUGUUAGAGACGGAUAGCAAGUCGUUAAGAUCUGUAAAUGGGUCAAGAAGAAACAGUGGCUCCUCUCUUGUAUCAAGUUCAUCAGCCUCUAGCAACCUCAGCCACCUCGAAGAAGAUUCUUGGAUUCUCUGGGGAAGAAUUGUUAACGAAUGGGAAGAUGUGCGCAAAAAGAAGGAAAAGCAAGUUAAGGAACUUGUUCGUAAAGGGAUACCCCACCACUUUAGAGCAAUAGUUUGGCAACUUUUAUGCAGUGCACAAAGUAUGCCAAUUAAGGAUCAGUAUUCAGAACUCUUGAAAAUGACCUCACCUUGUGAAAAAUUGAUCCGAAGGGACAUUGCUAGAACUUAUCCUGAACAUAACUUUUUUAAGGAAAAAGAUAGCCUUGGACAGGAGGUUUUAUUUAAUGUAAUGAAGGCAUAUUCUUUAGUGGAUCGUGAGGUUGGUUACUGUCAAGGAAGUGCUUUUAUAGUUGGAUUGUUACUUAUGCAGAUGCCAGAAGAAGAAGCUUUCUGCGUAUUUGUUAAAUUAAUGCAAGAUUAUAGACUCCGUGAACUUUUUAAACCGAGUAUGGCAGAGUUGGGCCUUUGUAUGUACCAGUUUGAAUGCAUGAUACAGGAGCAUCUUCCAGAGCUCUUUGUACACUUUCAAUCUCAGAGUUUUCAUACCUCAAUGUAUGCAUCAUCCUGGUUUCUGACUAUCUUUCUUACAACUUUUCCACUACCAAUUGCGACAAGGAUAUUUGAUAUCUUUAUGUCUGAGGGCUUAGAAAUAGUGUUUCGAGUAGGAUUAGCACUCCUUCAAAUGAAUCAGGCAGAACUAAUGCAACUUGACAUGGAAGGGAUGUUGCAGCACUUUCAGAAGGUCAUUCCACAUCAGUUUGAUGGUGGUACAGACAGAUUAAUCCAGGCAGCUUACCAAGUCAAAUACAACUCAAAAAAAAUGAAAAAGCUUGAAAAGGAAUACACUACAAUAAAAACUAAAGAAAUGGAAGAGCAAGUUGAAAUUAAAAGGUUACGCACAGAAAACAGACUUUUGAAACAACGCAUUGAAACAUUAGAAAAAGAAAGUGCUUCCUUGGCAGAUAGAUUGAUACAGGGACAAGUGACAAGAGCCCAGGAGGCUGAGGAAAACUACCUCAUAAAACGGGAGUUGGCCACCAUCAAACAGCAGAGUGAUGAGGCCAGUGCUAAGCUGGAGCAAGCUGAAAAUACCAUCAGGAAGCUCCAGCACCAACAACAAUGGCAUAAGUGCAGUUCCAACUACAAUGAAGAUUUUGUGCUACAGCUAGAGAAGGAAUUGGUCCAAGCCCGACUGAGUGAAGCCGAGUCUCAGUGUGCGCUAAAGGAGAUGCAAGAUAAAGUCUUGGAUAUAGAGAAGAGAAACAACUCCCUGCCCGAUGAGAAUAACAUUGCAAGGCUUCAGGAAGAACUCAUUGCUGUGAAACUGAGGGAAGCAGAAGCUAUUAUGGGUUUGAAAGAACUUAGACAGCAAGUCAAGGAUUUAGAGGAGCACUGGCAGCGCCACUUAGCUCGUACUACUGGGCGAUGGAAAGACCCACCUAAGAAAAAUGCUGUGAAUGAGUUACAAGAUGAACUGAUGACCAUUCGACUUAGAGAAGCUGAAACACAGGCAGAAAUAAGAGAAAUGAAACAAAGGAUGAUGGAAAUGGAAACACAGAACCAAAUCAACAGUAACCAUCUCCGAAGAGCAGAACAAGAGGUGAACAGUCUACAGGAGAAGGUGCAAUAUCUUUCUGCACAAAACAAAGGACUACUUACUCAGUUAAGUGAAGCAAAGCGCAAACAAGCAGAGCUUGAGUGCAAGAGCAAGGAAGAGGUGAUGGCUGUGAGACUUCGGGAAGCAGAUAGCAUAGCUGCUGUGGCUGAACUACAGCAACACAUUGCAGAGCUUGAAAUCCAGAAAGAAGAAGGAAAGCUUCAAGGACAGCUUAACAAGUCUGAUUCUAACCAGUAUAUUAGGGAACUGAAAGAUCAGAUAGCAGAGCUGAAUCAUGAGCUCAGGUGCCUAAAAGGCCAGAGGGGCUUCUCGGGCCAACCUACUUUUGAUAGAAUCCACAUUGUCAACCAUUUAAUUGGAGAUGACGAAUCAUUCCAUUCUUCCGAUGAAGACUUCAUAGAUAAUUCCUUACGGGAAGGUGGCGUUGAUUUUCCUUUACACAGAAAAUCUGGCCCGAUGUCUUUGGACCAUGCUGUGGCAGGUGGUAGUGAGAGCGAAACAGAAGACAGUGUGUUGGAGACCAGAGAGAGUGAUCGAGUGCCUCAGAAGAAGCAGCCUCCAAGAAAAGAGUCAUACUCAACCACUGUCUGACCAUCACUGUGACCUAGACUGUAGAUUUCUUUAAGGGAUCGGUUAUCAUACAAUUAGGGGUUUUUGGAACAUAUCUGUUUCAUAUGUACAUAUGUAUAUAUUUUUUACAAUCUCAUCUGCCUUUUUAUCUUUGCCAAAUCUUCACCUUUGACUUACCAUUGCCAUAAAGUAGACUGGAAUAUGGUUAAUGGGUAAAAUAAGGUUCUAACAGUAUUACUGAAUCUUAAUGUUUUUGUUUAGAAAAUAUCAACAUGAACCAUUUUAGAAUUCAGAAGUAUGGAACAUUGAAUUAUCUUCAGAGAAAACUGUUCUUGUGCAAUAUUUUAUGCUCAGUGAACAACUUGUAUAUUUAUGCUUAUCAAUUUGUUUUCAGGAUGGAUGUCUACCAACAUUUGACCAAGACAUACAUCUGAUAUACCUUAUGUUUUGUGUUUUGGGGAUUUUUUUUUUUUCAUUAAAACUACUGUUCUAUCAGUGCACUACUAAAAGCUCCCAAAUAUACCACCUUUUUCUGUGUAAUUUUAUAAACACAAAUUAAUAGUUAUCUAUCUUGAUAGUUUUAGUUUCUAAUUUUUAUGUGCAUAUGAUGCUUCCAUGUGUUGCUUACUUGUAAGAGUAGUUGGAUAAGAUAACUACAAAUAUAUUGUUUAUUUGUACCUAUUUAUAAAUCUGUACCACCCAACAUUGAUCAUCAUUUUAUAUGGGGAACAUACAUGUUGUAAAGUGACUGCUUCCAGCAUUCUAACAGGACUUCUGUAAAUAAUAGGUUAAAAUAAAACCAAACACUAAUAUUUUAAUAGCUUUAGUAUUUUGCUUAGCAUUCAACACUAGUAGCUUCAUAACUUAACCGAUGCUUGUUCAAAAACAUUAUUGAUGAAAUCUCGUUUACAUCCUGUGUAUGUAAUGGAUAAAUUUUUCAUGAUUAAAGAAGUUAUAGCACAUAUUACUUAGUACUAAUAUUCUACUUAAUGUAAUUUAAGCAGUGGACUGAGAUCCAAGAUAUACAACAAUUAUAUUUGCAAAUAAUCUAUGAACAUUAUCUUCAGAUCCUCUAGUUUCUAACCUAUAGAUAAAGCCAUAAGAAUCCUUUCAUACAAAUUCUUCCUUUUUUAUCAUUUAGACUUUUUUUCCUAGAAAACUGAAUGCCUGUCAUGGAUAAAUUGGAGGAAACACUUUGUACAAAUUACCCUUUACACAAAACACAAAUUACACUUACACUAUGGAAAGACUACAGGAAUGUUUUCCACUCUAAUUUUUGUUAGCAGCCUAGGGGGAAAAAAACAGCCUUGGAGGAUAAAAGGAAAGUAGAAUUCAGUAUGUAUGGAGCUACAAUUUUGCACAAUAUGUUGCAUGCAGAAAAAAAAUUAUACGAUGAUGAAAUGGAGUAGAAGAGGCAAAAACAGUUUUUUGUCUAAAACCAGGAGUUAAGCCUUUUGGUACAUUUGUGAGCCAGUCUUUUCCAGCAAACCCUUUGUAGCUAUUUGCUUGAAUAUUGUGUCCAUAGCACUAAGUUCUCGUGGUUAAGUAAUUCCCCCAGGUCACAAGCUAGUAAGAGCAGAGCCAAGAUUUUAAUCCAGAUCUCUGACACCAUAGCCUUUGAGAAGGUUCAGGUAAUGAAUUUCUCAAUUCCCUGCUCUUCUGACAAUUAAAGAUUUAAAUAAAUUUGAUUUAAAUCUGUUUCCUGUAUGUGUGUGCAUGUAUGUAUAUUUGUUUUUACACACACAUACACACACACACACAUACAUAUAAUUUGAGCGUAGAUACUACUCUUAGAAUAGUCUGGUGCUUUUGGGUUUCUCUUUGGGGGUUCUGUACUGUCAGCCUAGAAGGCUGACACUGCCCAAGUAAAGUGAGAUGAUUCAUGGCCACACUAUUACUUUGACCCCCCAUCAAGAAAUUUGAAUGAUCUAGACCAGGAAACGGCCAACUACAGCCCUUGGGCCAAAUCCAGCCUGCUGCCUGUUUUUAUAUGACUCACAAGCUAAGUAUGGUUUUACAUUUUUAAAUACUUGGGUAGAAGAUCAAAACAAUACUUUGUGACACAUGAAAACUAUAUGAAAUUCAAAUGUCAGUGUCUGUAAAGUUUUAUUGGAGCACAGCCACACUUACUCAUUUACGUAUUAUCUGUGGCUGCUUUUGCACUACAGUGGCAAAGCUAAGUAGCUGCAGCAGAGACUGUAUGGCCCACAAAGCCUAAAAUAUUUACUGUCUGACCGUUUACAGAAAAAGUUUGCUGACCCUUGAUCUAGCUUCUCUAAAAUGUAGGUUUACUUCUUCAGCUUGGCACAACAGAAGAACAAACCAUUUGCUCUUGCCGUUGAACUACAGAAUUGGAAACCUAAAACUUCCUAGUGGGUCUUAUACUCAGAGCUAUUCAAAAUGGAAAGUGUGCCAGCCACUUUAUAUGAUAAAGUCUUUGAUUCCUUGGAAAAUUUGGGAGGACAUCUGUACCUUUAGAGAAGGAGAAAUAUAGGAAAUGAUUCCAGAAUCCUAGCACUGUCCUUUAGAGCAUGCAUCAUUGACCUUUAGGGUAUGCUUCACUGAAUAAAUGUUAUAAUUUGACUUUAAAAUAAGAACAUCUUUCUAGAAUCAUGUUUGAAUCCUAAAUAUUGAAAGAUAUUCUUAGGUAAUUUUCUAAGUCUAUUUCUGAUUAGGAAUUAGAUGUUAAAAGAAUCAUGUUAAAUAAACCUUAAUCCAUUGAUACCCCCAUAAUUUAGACAGUGAAAAACUAGAAACAACAGUCUUCUCAUUCAAGAUCUUUUCAAAUACUCCUUCCAAGGGUUUAAAUCUCCCUGGCGUUUAAGAUGCAAUAGAAAACUGCCCUGAUUUUACUCCAUUUCAUUCAAAUUAAUGUAAGUAUGUUGUUCAAGACUUUGAGGUAUUGGACAGUGUUCUCUUGAUUUUAUUUAAUCUCUGGUAUUUUGUGUCAUUUAAAUGUUAUUCAGUUAAACAUUCAGAGUUGAGGAAUAUUCAAGGGGGAAAGGUGAAUUAAAUGACUCACAAUAAAUACUGUGCUCCCUCGGGAUGGUUACCUUCCUGGCAUCCUCGCCAUCCUGGGUUGAAAUGCUGAAAGAAGAGGCUACAAGUGAUCUGAAUAAAAUGGAAAUUACAUUGAGAUAAUGAAACGGAGACCUUUUAGAUCAAGAAAACACUGUGAGACAGCCUUUUAAAAAAUUAAUGAUAAAUUUUUUUCCUUCCUGGAAAAAGAAGUCAAAGAUCUAAUGUUUGCUGACUAAUUGAGACAUCAAGUUCAAACUAACUGACCGGUGGGUUUAAACAUCUUACCAAGCACCUCAUCUUUGGGGGCAGCCUCACAUCAUAUGUAACAAGCAACCUCAAACAUUAUAUAAAAUUAACUAUAAAUUGAGGGGUCAUUUCCUCAGCCUCAAAGGAGAUGCAGUUAACUGGUCUUUAUUUGAGAACUGCUAAUAUAGAAUGGCAAAAGCAUGGAGAGGUUUUUUGCAGAGAAGGAAAAGAUGAAGGUAAGGGACUACCUGGUAAAAGUGAAGAGAGGACAUACAACUUUUUCUUAGCUCUGAACAUGACAUGCAGCUUGUUACUCUCCAGAUAGUGCCUUUGAUUGAAAAUAGGUCUAGACCUUUUUCAAAUAUUUUAUUUUUGACGUUUUAAGAAAUAAUUUGGUAACUCAUUCUCCUUUGUCUUUUACAUAGUCCACUGUAGUUUUCAGAUUUAAAGUAAAAUAAGCAUUUGAAUUGUGUUUCGGUAAAGCCUUUCUGUGGCCAACUGGAUUUUUGUGUAGUACCAGACAUUGACAGCUAAAAUUUCAUGAAAUCAUGAGUUAUUUCCUUUAUUAAAACAAUGAGUUUUAGCUUGAAAGUUUUUUGCUGCUCUAUCAUUAACAAAACAGUAAGUCUUUUUAAUUAAGGUGAACUUUCAGUUAAUUCUGCAGAAAUUAAAAUUUGUGGUUGAAAUGGAGUGGAUGCUAUUUACAGUCAAGUUUUUACAUCACUUCCGUUGGCGUAUCCCUUCUUUUCGCUCCAAAGAAAAGAUGAUAGAAUAAUACAUUAGGUUUACUAUAGAGAUGCAAAGUUAUACUAAUGUAUUUCAUUUU